AUGAGCAAAUCAAGACGCAAAGUUACUGUAGACACAGCAAAAUCAGUUUCUGAUGACAGCGAAAAAAGGAAACCAAGCGUUUUCGAGAGAUUAGGACCAGGCGGCGGUCAAAGGAAGUAUGAUUAUGAAGCUGAGAGAAUGGAGAAAUCAUCAUAUGUGGAAAAGUGUCGGAACUGGUUGUUGACAGGAUCUUGUUCAUUUGGCUCGAAAUGCAAAUUUCUACACGGUCCAUUUACAGGAGGGGCAAAUGCACCAGAAGGUAGAAUCAGAUCUUCUAAAAGACAUGAAAGUGACAAUACUGACGAUAUCAAGCUGAAACUGAAAAGUCCCAGAGACAAAGGUAAUGACCGCAAACGGAAGAAUGAAAAUUCUUCCACAGAAAAGCGAAGUCACAGCAAAAUAAAGCAUGAGAAGGAAGGCAAGAUCAAGUCCACUGUGGUUGUUAAGAAACCGGUGGAACCAGGCAGUGAAAUAGAUAGUGAAGAGCCAGAGGAGUGGUCAGAAGACGAUAGUUUAAAAAAUCUUGAUUUCAAAGAGGAACUUACAUUGAUGAGAAAACGUCAGGAGUUGCAGAGGGCAUUAAAUAAUUUGCCUGCACCGCCUGAUGAACAAAGAGAAAAUUUAACAAUUGAAAAGAAAGUUCGACGACAUAUUCUUCCUGGGGAACAUUCUGUUAGGGUCUCCAGUAGUGAAUCUGGUUCAGUACAUAGUUCACCAGAACCUUCCAAACAACAAACCAAAAAAUCUAUGAAACCCAAUAUGAACCCUUCAAGUAAAAAGAAAGAUAAAAAGAAACACAAGGCUUCCAAAUCACCUUUGAAUAAGAGCAAAAAUGCUCCAUGUCCAGACCAGAUGCCAAAAGAAAAGGAAAAGAAACGCCAAAUCAGUGAGGAGCGUGAUGUCCAUCACAAGGUGCGGAUGAAAAAGAAAAAACACAAAGAAUCUCUUUCUGAAACGGAUAAUAAAUCUCCUGAUGUGCCAGAACCUGUCAGAGGACACAAGAUGCACUCUCCACUGUUUGACAGUGGCAGCAGCAAAAGUAAACUGCCUCUUUCUCCAAAGCAUGAUUGGCAGAAGGACAUCAAGCCUACUUGGGCACUCGAAGAUGGGGAGUGUUACUCUGUCUCUACUAAGAAAUCUCGUCGAUCCCGUUCCCCCAGCUCUGGGGAAAAGAGUAGACGCAAAAAGAGCUUGUCACCCUCCUUAGAAAAACGUUCAAAACAUUCACCUAUGAAUGUCCUCCCUCCUGAGAGAGACAGUGUUGUUGAAAAACUCAGUUCAAGGAAAAAUAGAACUCGAGGAAUCACGCCACCUGAGAAGGUGCCACCAUUAUCAACUAGCAAGGACAGAUCUCUGUCUUCGGAUGAUGAGAGGUCUGCCCAUUCUUCUAUUCAUGAUGGUGAAAAGCGCAAAAAUAAAAAAGGACGCUUCCCAGAAAGGAUGCAUGUCAGCCGAAGUAGUAAGUCAGGCAAGGGUGACGACCGGCUCUUGUACUCUGAAAGUUCAGAGUCCAGGCAGAAUGAAUGGAGAAAUGAAUCCCCACCCCCAAGGGAACGCCGGGAAAGAAGAAACCGGGACUUCACUCCUGAACGAACUUUAAAGGCCAGCCGAAGUGGCAGCCGGGAGCAUGAGAAACUGGAAAGAGAUUCUAAAUUGUCUAAGAAGAAAGAUGGGGUGAAGAAUCUUGAGCCCUGUCCUGAGUCGAGGAGUGAUCGAAAGCGGCAGUUCAAAGAGGACAGACUUUUGCCAGUGUGCAGUCCUGAAUUGCAAGACCCAAACUAUACAAAGCCUCGUCGCUUGCUCCCUGAUCCCCCUGAGCCCCCCAUUAACCCCACAAGGCGUGGUUUGUCUCCAAAAGAUUCAUACACUUCUUGUCAUUCACGCUCACCAUCUCGGCAAAGGAGGGGAGAGGGCCGAGAUCGGUCUCCCUUUGAUGUGUUACAGAUGAGACGGAAAGACAUGGUGAGUGAAGAUUACAGACAUGAUGAACAACCUCCCACUGAGUCUCCCAGCCGUAAUCGUCUCCUACCUGACAAUAAUUACUUCCCUGACAAUUUUGACUAUUCGCCAGGUCGGCAGUUCAUUGAGCAUCUCAAUGAAGAUAGACGUAACGAACGUUUCAUGGGCUACCGCUCAGAGACCCGAGUGGAGUCAAGAUACUCCCAACCAGCUGAACGGUAUCCUUUUGAGGAACGAAGACGUUACAAUGAAGAACCCAUCCCCACUGGUUAUGAUGAAAGGACUCACUAUGACAACUCGCGGAAUCGGACUAAUCGAGAUCUGUAUGAGCGUGAUAGAUACGAAAGAGUAUCACAAUCAAGUAGAUCAGAUCCACGAUAUGAAGAAGCUAAAGAGCCUCUUGUUUAUGAUCGCAACUUACCUCCAGAUUACAGAGAGCCAACCACAGAGGUGUGGGAAAUUCGGGGACGAGGAAGGGGUCGAGUGAACCCUCGAAGUCGCGGUAGGCAGUCAGAAGCUACUGGCCACCGUGGACGUGGUUAUGCCCCACCUCCUGAAGACAGACUGCCUGGUCUUGCUCGAGAUCAAUUUUCUGGUGUUGCAGAACGUCCAAGUCGUCGUUCUGAAUGGGAACGCCAUCAGGAGGAAUACUUUGGUUCAGAGCAUGUAGAAUGGCCUGACCACCGCAAUGAGCGAAAUCUUCCUCCCUCACAUGAUGACCCUCGACAGGAACUUCAUGACAUUCCUGAGUUACGGAGAGGAAGGCGGCCUGAUUCCAGGGAUGAAUGGAGGAACGGACGCCGAGAUGCAGAAGAUAUGUACGAGAGGAGACCAGAAAUGGGUACAGGUUUGCUUAUGACUCCUGACCGGAUGGAAAUGCGGCCAGAGAGAUGGGAAAAUAGGCAGCCUACUGAGGCACCUCGCAGACCAGACCUGCACAAAAAUGAUAAUAAGCAUGAUGACCGAAUAGAUAAGCGUAACUUGUCUCCAGGUGAGAAAGAACGAUUAGAUAGUCGCAGGAAACGUCCACGUGACCAAGACCCAGAACAAUCCCGUUCAAGAUCCCCGUCACUGAAACACCAUCGAGAAAACUCACCAGUAGACUCUUUCCAUAGCCAUAGCAGUAUGAGUGACCACAGGGCAGAUGGUGUUGGUCGAGAAUGGAUGCAAAAUCGUUGGCCUCCGCCACAGUCUGACCCUCUUGGUUUAAGAGAGAAGGAGGGCUGUGGGGAUGGGGGCCAGUGGCCUGGAAUUAGGCAAAGGUCACCACUUCAAAAACACUUAUUAGAUAAGAAACGAAACAAAGAAUGGGAGAACAAUCGAGCAGCUCGAGAGAAAGAACUUAUGGAGAAAGAUGCUGAUCGACUGAAAGGAAAAGAUAGAGACAAACUCAAAGACCGACUUGAACCUGAUAAUCAGUUGCUGUACCCUGAUGGCCGAAUGUUAAUGAAUAGAAAAAAUCGUCCAAAGAAAAAAGAGAAAAGAAAACGUUCUCUUUCCAAGUCACCUUCACUAGAUGGCAAAGAUAGAAAACGUGUCUGUCGGGGAAUGUCUCCCAAAGGAUCAGGUCAUGACGAUAAAGACAAAAUGCUACAACCUCCCCAGCAGAGACAGGAACUGGCCUUCAGUGAUUGGUCUGACGAUGAGUCUGCAGAUGAUAUUUUGAACCGACCUGAGGAACCCCAAGAGCUAGUCGUCCCACUUAUAGAGCCACAUAUCAAAGAGGACCGAUUCAAACACAGUCCAGGUCGGGGAAGCUUCAUGAAUCAACCAAUUCGACAGUUACACAAUCCAAAGGAAGAGUAUCGAAUGUGGCAGCCACACAAGGAGAGGAAUAGCCGCUACCAUUGGGAGAAGCCUAACCUCUCAACACAACCUCGUCUGCCAUUGGGGCGGGCUCUCCUAGAGCGGCACCACAAAGAUAUGGUUCCUGAUAUGUGUUUCCGAAUGAAGCCUGACCAUUUGCCUCGGUUGCUCCCUGACCCAGAACCGAUGUCUGAUCUCCGUCCUCCAAUGGAUUCCUCUAAUCAUGGCAAUGUAGUAGACAUCAUGCCUGUAAUAAAACAGCCCCUGCUGGGAGAUGCACCAGGUUGUGUACCCCUACAUAGCCUGGCCAACAUGCCUAUGCCCACCCCACCUAUCAAUCCCAUGUUGUUGCAGAACCUACUGACAAUGCCUCACAACAUGGGCCACCCUAUUCCCAUGAAUACACUUGCCCCACCCAUGCCCCCUGUGAACCCAGCCACUUUUGCUGCAGCCGCCGCUGUUGCUGUAGCAGCUGCUUCCUCUAAUACAACAACCACUAUUUCAACUACACCAACUGCUACAACCACUACAGCUACAACUCCAGCACCAACCAGUGUGACUACAUCAACAACUCGUAAUAAUUCUGAUAUCAAUGGGCUUGACCUCGACAGUGCAGGUAUGCAGUAUGAAGAGAUCAGUUCUGAAGAAGAAAGCAUGGAGGGAGAGUUGGAUCUCGAACUCCUUGGAGUGGGAGGAGACAAGAAGAAGAAGAAGAGUAUUGUUGACGUGCUGAACAUUGACUGGUCACAUGUGAUGCAGACCAACCGACCAAAGCACCAAGAGAAAUCUGGAUCUGCUUUGCAACGAUUCUGGCCUGGGCAGAUAUUCAGCAAGAUUGGAGUGUCACGCCAGUUUGCUGGUGAAACACUUUACCAAAAGUUGCAGGAUCUUUGCAACAAGCAGUUGAAUGAGGAACAACAAAAAGAACAAACAGCCACUGAAGGGGAAGAAGCAACUAAUGAAGGAGAAGAGGCAGCAGCAAAAGAGACAACCACUGCAGUGGAAAAAUUCCAAUUCAAAAACGAUAUUGCAGCUCUUCAUAUGGCCAUGGUAAAGAAGGCCAAAGAACGGGCCAACUUACUGCACGAUGUUGGCCCUCAUCGUAGGGCUUUGUGUGCUCGACGGGAUCUUGAAAUUCGACGUCAGCUCUGUCAGGUAGACAAGAGUAUUGAGCCAACAAGUAUCUAUCCUAAUCAAAUUAUUGACAGUGAGUUAUGCAAGUUAAGCAUACAGCUAUUCAAACAGGGCCAUGACAGUUCUUUGAGGAAGGAGCCUCUGUUAGCUAAAGAAGUACCCUGCUCAUCCUGA